CACACAAUGAAACUCUUUCUAUUAUUGCAUUUUUCCCUCGUUUUGGGCACACUUGACUUGAAUUUUGCCGAAUUGAAGUACCUCUCUGACCACCUCCUCCCUGAAGAGUGCCGCCGAUUGGUGGCUGCCGCCCAUUUCAAAUCAUACAUGAUGCCAAACGAACUAUGGCAAGCCGAGCAAGCGUUACCGAAGGAUGAACCUUGCAUCGAACUCCUCCUUCACUGGAAUUCCGCCGAAGGGGAGGGUAAAGGGGACACCCAUGAGAGUUUGGAGCACAGAUUGAGACAAAUGGGGCGCUAUGAUCUCGCUGAUUGGUUAGGGAGGACUGUUUUUCACCAAUUGGGUGAAGACUUAGAGAGGAGUUUGAAGGAAGGUGUGGGGGAUUACAAGAAUGAAACAACUACCCCAGAUAACAUUUCAAUGCCGACCCUGGUCCCAAUUAUUGAAUAUAGUGACCCCACUGAGUGGGGCCCUGGCGACACCAUCUGCUUAGUGUUAGUUGCUGGUUUAAUUAUUGCUAUUUUUGGGGUCUGUUGUUUCGCAAUGUGCUUGAAAAUUUCUGACAAAUUUAAAAACAGAAAUAAGAGCAAACCUAAACAUUAUGAAUAUGAAUUGAUGGAAACUGACGUGUCUUAUUCCGACUCUGAAGACAAGUUUGAUAUUCGUCAAUACGAAACGUCGAUGUAAAUAAAAAUCAAAACUUUUGUUUAUUUAUUUAUAUUUAAG